CUCCGUAGUACAUGUAAUCAUUAGGUUGCCAAGAUGGGUGCUGGAGUGAGUUGUGGCUCAGGAAAAGAGGUUUCUGAGCAAACUCCCUCGUUUAAAAUCGUCUUAGUUGGCGACCCUGAGGCUGGAAAAACAAGUAUUUUCYUGCGWUACAUAAAGAACCARUUUGAUUUCAGUUAUCAGCCUAGCAUGUCAGUAUGCAUYGGCAAUGCUGUACGCAAAGUCAAUAUUCCGUAUGAGGUUAUUGUGUCAGUUACAUUAUGGGAUCUACCAGGCCGAGAGGAAAUGGAUUUAAGAAAGAGUUAUUAUAAGGAUGUCGAUGCUGCAAUGGUGGUAGUUGACAUGGACGACAUUGACAGUAUCACCAUGGCAGGAACAUGGAAGCAAGACAUUGUCAGUAAUGCAACAUACACACAAGAUAACAGCAUUAUCGCACCAAAAACAGACACUGCAGUAACUCAAAAUGAUAAAAAGGAACGUUCACUGCCCAUUUUAUUAGUUGGCAACAAAAUAGAUAAACUAAAAAUGUUACAAAGUACAAGCGAGGAAGAUAACAACAAUGAUGCAACUCUUGAAGUGAUGAAGAUUCUUGAACAAGUUGCAAGACAACAUGGCUUUGUAGGCAGUGUAACGGUUUCUGCCAAGGAGAGUGAUGGGAGUGUUCAUGCAGCCAUUCAGUCUCUUGUAAGACACUUGCUGCAACAACGCAGACAACAGAAGAAGGGGAUUUUCUCAGGAGAAAAAUCUACAGAGGAAAGAAAGUUUGUGACUUUGAGUCCCUUUGAAGAAGAAAAACAGGAGUUUGUCCCUCUUCUGGUGAUUAAAAUGCCAGAGUUUGAUGUAUUCUUCAAGGACUGCAAUAAUUCUAUAGAGACRAUAGAGAACUUCAGUAUGGGUCUAAUUGAAGCAAUGUCUAACUUCAAGAGAGCAUGCUCAGUAGCUGGGGUGACAAACUCUACUAAGGCCUCCCUGGAGGAGUGCAUUGGUGGACUAAAAGAACUCAUAAGAACAGAAGAUGAUGAAGAUGGACUUGAGGUCCAUAAUGAUGGCGGAUAUUUACGAUUAGUGGUGAAAGAAGAUGAAGUCAAAGACAUUGCUGGUCCUGUGGACAGAGUUUUGAGAACAUUUCAUAAUGAGCUAUGUAAAGCAUCCAAGAAAGUCCUAGCUCAAGGCCCAACCUCACACAAUCACCUUAAAGAAGUCGAAGAAAAAAUCUCYACUUUAAGGGUAUCUGCGUUCGAUCGUGCGGUCAGUGCGGGUUUUUCCCAGAGGCGCGCGAAAGCYGCWUUGGCGAACAUCGAUGCGAACUGUAAUCGYAUAAGAGAAGCUAUUGCCAUGGCAAUGGAGUCAAUGAGCGCCGUGGAAAGCGACUAUAAGAAAAUUAAGGCAGCGAUGCUGUGGUAAAUUUAGCGUGUCUGUAKCUCAACAGCCAUUCUCGUACCGAGAUCAUUCUCAAUUUGGAAACUGUCUGGGUAAGAGAAUGCCGAACGGCCAGUUCACACUAUAAUAGUAGCUGGUUCACGCUUUACGUAAGCAUGCAAAUCUGAAUUAUGUUGAUAGGGUUUCGAAACGUUUUCGCCGUCUUCUUCUUCGACUUAUCUUUCAAAUGCUUCACRURUSACUAACGUUCCUAWGCUUGUGCGUGUGCUUGUGUCGUAGUGUGAACCGGUCCUAUAACUUUAUGUUUCUUGCGAUACAUAGAAUGGGCGAUAAAUMUGUUUAUUUUUUGAGAUGGAAAAAAACAUUUUAAUUCAAGGUAGAAUUUACUGCAAAAAUUAAGAAUUUGGCUCCAAUUUGAGCCAAAAACUUGACUUUGAGAUAUAGGCGUAGCUGUAACAAAACGAAGCAUACAAAGAGAGCUUGGGUCAUUUAAAGCGAAUAUCUACGUCCUCUUUCACAAGGGAAACUUCAUCCGAAUAUUCACUCACUUACGAAAAUGUUGUCAUGGAGAAAUAGAGUGGUUCUCAUUAACCCGUGAAAUACAUUUUAGCGUAUUACACUUUAUUACACUUUGUCUCUUUUGUUUUAUUUCUUGGCUAUUACACUUUAUUACACUUUGACUAUUACACUUUGUUUCACGGGUUAAUGAGAACCACUCUAGUACCUUUGUACUUUAGUCAAAAGAAAUAGAUCUUCUUUUGUCGUUUUAAUAGAUUCUUUUAUACUGAAGUUCAAAUUUUCUAUUCAUUAUGACAACAUAUUUGUAUCAGGUGUAAAUAAGUUGUACAUAACGUAUUUUUUCCUAUUUAUCACAACAUAUCUUAAUGAAUGUAUUUGUAAAGUAGUGAUUUUUGUAGAACUGUACAUAUGUAAAUAUGCUUUUUAAUUUUUGUAUGAAAAGUGUCCUCAAAGAGGGAAAUGGAAAAAUUUCUCAUACUCUUGCAUUCAUUCUUGGAAAAAAAUAAAAUGAAAUUGCAUGUAAUUGCAGUGCAGUUUUUCUGCAAUAAAGACUAUGCAUGUCCUUAUACCUCUAAUCACACACAGGCAGUCCAUCCCUUGCAUGUUUAAAUUAAUUAUGUAUUUUUCAUUGUAUGUUAUUAAUUAAUAGGUAAGUAUUAAUUAAUAAACACACACAAAUCGAAACAGGACGGUAAUCUACAAAUACAAAACGCGCGCUCAUCGAACCAAGCAAGUAAAGCGUGCGUUUCUCGUCCUGUCAAUUUUUUUGUGUUUAUUUAUUAAAAUAUUUAUGAAUUUAUUAAGUGCAAUUAAAAUACAGAAUUUAUUUAUGGGCUGCAUGUACAUGGGAUUUUUAAAAGUACAAACUGAACCAUAUUGUUGUUUUUCGUUCGUGAUGUCCUCAUUAAGAUGGACGACCAUAAGAGCGUUCGUAAUGUUCAAUGAAAAUUGCACGACCGUAAGCAGCUAUAAGUCACUUAUUUUUAUGUUUUCACAAAGAGUACAAUGACAAAAGAUAUACAAUGUCUUUUUAAAUAAUUUUCCACUCUAUUCAUCAGUGUCUAUGCAUUUUGCAUCAGUGACUGUCAAAUAGUUUGCCGACAUUASAUAUUCAGUCAGAGACAGCAAAAAAAUACGCUUAAAAAUCGCUGAUUUUGGCAAUGUCCAACGACGCCAUUUUCUGUUUACAAAAACUCGGAAUAUUUUUGAAUUAAGAAACAGAAGGAAGAAGACUGAUUUCGAAUCACUUAUUGGAUUAAGAUAGUCUAGCUAACUGACUUGUCAGAAUCAUUUUAGUGCUGACAUUUGAUUGGCUUUUUGAUUGGGAAACCAAUCGAGUGCUGCGCAUUGAGUGAAAAUGCUAUGGGUAACUCUUGUGGUUUUAAGCGAUUUUUAAAGUUAAAAGUGGCUUUAAAAAUAUAGUUAACUAAGAAAGCAAKUCAGAAGUAAUUUCUUUAUAUCAUUUGCGAACUUUCAAAAAGUGAAGAAAAAAGAGGAACAAAUUU